AUGAAUAAGAAGCUUGUGGUUGAUUCAAAUGAGGAGGCUCCAAAGUCUCAAGAAAGAGAUGAAAAAGAACUAAUGAUGAGUAAAGAAAUGGUUGAUGAGGAAAGAGAUCCUAAGGUAGUUGAGAGUGAUGAACAACAAGGUGAUCCAUUGCCUACCAUGAAAUUUCCUCCUCCAUUCCCUCAAAGACUAAAAAAGAAGGAGGACAAUGCUAAAUUCAAGACGUUCCUUUCUAAGCUUAGUAAUGUAUCAAUUAAUAUCCCAUUGCUAAAGGUCAUUCAAGAGAUUCCAGGAUAUGCUAAGCUUAUGAAAAAGUUGAUAUCAAAGAAAUGUCUUGUUGAUGAUGAGACCAUUAAAGUUACUCAUGGGUGUAGCUCUAUUAUGACUAGUGCUAUAGCGAAAAAGAAAGAGGAUACUCGGGCUUUUACAAUCCCUUGCACCAUAGGGACACACAAGUUUGAAAAAGCUUUGUGUGACCUUAGUGCAAAAAUCAAUCUCAUGCUCCAUGCAAUCUAUCAAAUACUUAGUUUAGGUACUCCUACUCCAACAACAAUGAGGCUUUUGAUGGCGGACCGGCAUAUGAAGAAACCGGUUGGGAUAUUGUUCGAUGUUUAG